GGGUGUGGUAGUGAAUAAGCAGAAAAAAUAUCUAGUCUACAUUAAUGGCAGAACAAAUAUCUUGGGGUCGUGGUUGUGGGUAACUCAUUAUAAACCUUACUGAACACAACUGAGAAUGGGUUUUGAUUAAUUAAACCUGUCAUAAAAAAUGAAGUGGAUGCUCUGCGCAUCAUCUCCAUCUCCUCCUCCUUGUUCUCUAUGUUUAUCAGUUUACACAAUAUCAUUAGAAUACCAUUCUUUCACUUGGUUGAAAAGAAACAAAUUUUACAUUCCUCCCCUAAAAUCCGGCAUAUUUUGCACUCUUCAGGCAGGAAUUGUGAUACAUCAAACCCCCGCUGCAAUUGCAUUGGAAAGCAAAUGCCAAGAAAUUAAUUCAAAUCCUGACAUCUCCACUGAUGAAAUCAACAAAGGCGUGAUUUUGAGAAAGCAAAAUGCAAGGCCCCUGUCUUUGCUUUACUCUGAAACUUUACAAGAAGAAGAAGAAGAAGAAGCCAUUUUGACGGAUAGUGAGAAGAGAGAGCUUCACUUAGAUGAUGUUGGUACGGUUGCAAGUAGAACCCCUAGGUUUCCUGGAAGAGUUGGUAGUAGCCCAAAGGUGGAGAAGGUUAGAGAAUUGGACGAAGAGGCGUUGAAGGAGGCAUUGCGUAUCAGAAGAGUUAGAACUAUAGAAUUACUAAAGGAAGCAAUGACUGCGUCGAAUCUGAGUCAGAAGUAUUCCGAUAAUUUGAUAUCUCACUUGGAUGGAUUUGUAGAUUACAUCAUAAUCAAAGCUGCAUCCACUAAAAGCAACACAGACUUUGCCAAUGCAAAUUUUACAACUCGUGCAAGGUUCUGCAUCAAAAACUCAGGGGUUGUCGAACUUGUCAAAUGGUUAAAGCAUAAUCAAAUGUCAUUUCCACGUAUUGGGGAGCUGGUGAGUGCUGCUGCUGAUGAUCUAGAAGGCUUAAGACUACGAGUUCGGUGGCUGAAAUCAAUCCAUGUCAAAGGGAGAUAUCUUGGGGUGGUGCUUACAAAGAAUGAGAGAAUUAUAAGACGUCCAAUAGAAGAUCUGGAUUGCAAUGUCCAACUUCUAGAAAAUAGUGGAGUUGCUAUGGAUUGGAUGGGUUUCAUCAUAAGCCAUUGUCCAGAAAUAUUGUCUUUUGACAUUGAGGAGCUCAAAUGUAGAGUGAAUUUUUUCUUGGAGCUUGGCAUGAGUGAUAAAGACUUUGGAACCAUGCUUUUUGAGUAUCCUAAAGUGAUUGGUUUUUUCACUUUGGAAGACAUGAAUAACAAGGCAAAAUACUUGCAAGAAUUUGGCCUUAGCAAUACAGAUCUGGGAAGAUUAAUAGCAAUACGGCCUCGUCUGCUUGCCUGUAAUAUUGAGGAAGGAUGGAAACCUCUUGUCAAAUAUUUGUACUAUCUAGGCAUUCAGCGAUCUGGAAUGAGGAGAUUACUUAUAAAAGAACCAUCCAUUUUUUGUCUUAAUCUCACAGAAAAUAUAGCUCCCAAGGUGCGAUUUUUGCGUGCAAUUGGAGUUAAUGAUGAAGCUAUUGGGGAAGUUCUGGUUAAAUUUCCAAAGCUAUUAACAUACAGUCUCUAUAAGAAAACUCGACCAGUGGUAAAGUUCCUUAUAGAAGUAGCCGGAGUUCCUGAAGCAGAUAUUGGGAAAGUAAUUGCAUCUGAGCCAGAACUUAUUGGAUGUAGUUUAUCAGGUAAGCUCGAGGUCGUUGCAAAAUUCUUCUUUGCAAUUGGGAUUCCUCCUCAAAUAUUAGGCAGGAUGAUUGCCGAUUUCCCAAUGUUGCUCAAGUACAAUUUGUCAGUGAUCCGACCAAAAUACCUUUACUUGAAGCGAGUCAUGGUUCGACCAUUGAAGGAUUUAAUUGGAUUCCCAAGGUUCUUUAGUUACUCUCUGAGUUCUCGUAUCAUUCCACGACAUGAGAUCCUUGUUGAAAAUGGUAUUAGUUUCAGUCUUCGAUAUAUGUUAGCCCCCACUGAUGAAGAAUUUACUCGUAGGGUCCAAGCUGCUUUAGGAAGUACUGAAAGCUGUGAAGUAGGUGAUCCAGAUAAAUCUGGUAUGCCAGUUGAUGAAUUUCUGAAGGAAAGAAAUAAUUUUGUAUCUCUUGAAGAAAGUAGAGGCUAAAAUUUGUUUUCUAAAAAAUGGGAAGUGGUAUUCUACAAUCUUCAUCAGUUUUUUGCAAACCUUAGUUACAGGUGCUAUGAAAUGCAAAGAUUUGCCUCCAUUUGAAAAAAAUGAUACUUUCUGGUGGAUCUCAAUGGGGGCAGUUUCAUCUUUCUGAAGAAUAUCAUUCAUUACUGCAUGUGGUGAGUGGUAAACUUAUACUUCAUGUGGACUGAGUAUUGACAGUGACCAACCAUUGUUAGAUUCUGCCAGUUGUAGAUCGUUUUCAAUACGCAUAUUACAAUUUAUCAAUACCUAGAAAGUUUCCUUAUUUCCUCAUUGUUCCCAAAAAUCAGUGUGAAACUUGUUGAUGUUCUGUAUAAUGUAUUAGGUGAACUAAGUCUCUCAAAGAUUGUAGGGCUUCACAACAAAUCUUCAGAAUCAUUUUUUAAAGUGUGCGCUUUUACACAAGCAUUCACUACAUUAGUUUUGUGUUGAAAUGGUAUAUAUAGCCAACACAUGAAUCUAGAGAAAUCAAUAGCUUCCAUGAUUUGUUUAAAAAAUA